AUGUCAGGUUCACUGCCUUUCCUGAUGAGUGUACCAAAGACAGAAUAUGGAAGUGUUAUGCCUCGGAAGCCCACAACAGAUGAGCUAAUCCAAGUUUUAGAAGAUGUUAACCUUGGCUACUUAUUAUCUCAGUUUUGUGGUCUGGAUAAUACAUAUGAGUGGUCUAGUGUUCUUUCUCUUGGUGAGCAGCAACGACUUGCAUUUGCACGCCUGCUGCUUUCCAAGCCAUGCUUAGUUCUAUUGGAUGAGUCCACCAGUGCUUUAGAUGAAGCCAAUGAGAUUGAAGCUGCAGGGAUCACAUAUAUGAGCGUUGGCCAUCGGAGUUCCCUUUGUAGAUACCACAACCGGAUCUUACGAAUAUCUGCAAUAGAUCCUAACAACACGCGGUGCAAUUGGAACAUUGAGAUCAUCAAUCAAGACACCACCAUGUAUAACUUGUCAAAUCAGUAGUUCUAGAUGCCUUGGAUGCAAAAUUGCACGGUUUGCUACCUGUGCUUGUCAAGGGUGGCUGUUUUGGAGCAGGGAUACGAAGACAAAAGGAGUUGGGUGUCUUCUUUUUGAAUUCAAUUGAUGUGAUUCCUAUAUCUAUGAAUACAUUCAUGAGAGAAUCAGUGUGACACCUUGCGUACCUCGAGCACAGUAUGAUUAAUUGUAUUUAUUUUACUAGUCGUGGCCUGUUCUUUGUACAAUUUGUUUUAAUGUAUGGGUUGAGUUACUAUGGUUAAAAAGUUAAAAUUUAAGUGAGUUAUUGUGAUUAAAAGUUAAAAUUUAUAUGAGUCAUUGUAAG